UUUAUGACAAAAUAGGGAGUUAACUGGAAUUUUGUACUUUGUAGUAAAUAUACACCUUUGUAAGGAAAUAUGGUGACCUUUCUCUUUACAAUUAGACAAUACUUUUCAUUGUCAAUUAGCUUCACAUCGUUUCACUCUGGACAAUCAAUUGGCAAUGGAAUUAGACAAGAAUUUCACACUAAGUGAAGACAUCAAUGGUCCCCUGCUAGCAGCUGUGAUAGGGAUAGAGAUGGUGGUAGGACUUAUUGCUAACUUAUUAGUACUUAUACUGACUGCCUGCCAUUUGAAGACUUGGAAGCAACCAUCGACAAUUUUUCUAACUAAUAUGCUAUUGAACUAUCUUGCAAUGAUCACUCUGCUGCUGCCGAUUUCCAUUAUAACUUGUGCCAGUGGGGAAUGGAUAUUUGGUACAACAUUGUCACAAAAAAUGACCAUCUGCCGAGCCAUUGCUUAUAUUUUCAUGACAAGCAUUGUCAUUGCUACAGAGAGUUUAACCCUGCUGUCAUUUGAUAGAUUCAUCUUCAUCGUCAAAUCUUUUUGGUACAAGAAGUAUAUGACCAGAAACAAAGCUAUGAUAAUGAUUGUUGUCUCCUGGUUUCUAGCAGUAAUAGUAUGCUGUCCUCUUUAUAUGAAGGGAGGAUUUGAAUUCUCACAGAGUAGUGGGCUGUGUAUACCAGCUGUUAAGAACCAGAUUGGUUUUGCUGUGUAUGGUUUUAUAAUAUUUUCCAGUUUAAUCAUGAGCAUAAUAAUAACAUCAAUGUGGACAUACUGUUAUACCAGGAAAUACCUCAAAAAAAGAAGUACAGAACGGAAUCACAUGAGUAGUGUUUAUCUGUCUCAAAAGAGAAGACUCAUUGGACUAUUUGGCAUGUUAAUAAUAAUCCAUGUACUUUGCUAUACUCUUCUCAUUGCUUUUGUUAUUAUUGAGCCUUUCCAACCAGUUUCAUAUCGUCUUUACGCUGCUUCAUUCGUCUUAACAUGGUUAAUGACAAUUUUAAGUCCUUUGGCUCAAGCUUACUUCAGAUAUGAAAUUAGAAGCAUAGUUCAAUCGUUUCUUAUAAAAAUUUGGAGUUUAUUUAGCUCUUGCAACACAACUAAUUCUAAUAUGAAGCCACAAUGA